AAAGUUUUCAUGUAAGAUCGAGACUUUCCAGAUGAAGAACUCGGAUCCAUAACUAAUUUAAUAAAGUAAAAUUAGUAGAAAGAUCCAUACAGAACUAGAAAAGAAAAAAAAAAUCCUUUCAACACAAUAAAAAAAAAAAACGAAAAGAACUUUCUAGGAUCUGCCUGUAUUUUCUCAUUAGAACCGCUCCAUCUAACUGCCCACGUCCUACACGUGUCCAUUUUUAAUCUCCCGCCAGCGCACGUGUCUUCCCGCUCUUCAGCGACUCACUGUUCUAAUCCCACAACCGCUGAACGAAUUACAAAUGAUCCCCAUUACUCACACCAGCAACUCGAUCGUUUUCCUCUGAUCAAAUUUCCAUCACCGAACUCCUCUUCUCGCUAAGAUGAUGAACAUCGUCGCCAUCGCUUUCAUCCUCUCUUCCAUCGCUGCCGCUUCUUUCUUCUCUUCUCCUCCCGUCCCCGGCCAGGACCACCACGUCCUCCGCGAAGGUCACCGCCUCAUUGUCGUGGAGUUCGACCGCCAGAUCCCACAAUCCUCCUCCUUCGCACCAAGCGCUAGCGAAGCUAACGAUGAGCCCCUCGACGCCGCUUCCGUCCAGCCCAAUGUCGGCCAAUCCGUGUCUCAAACUCCAAAGGCAAAAAUUUCUUCUGUCUUCACAGAUGCUAAAAAUAAGGCUAGCCAGUUUGAAAAAUCGACCGCCGAUGCUCUUAAAUCCGUGGCCGAGAGGCUCACUCAUAAAGCCGCUCAAAUCGAAGAAUCUGUCUCCGACCGCCUUAAAUCCGCCGCCGACGAGGUCAAGCAAAAAGCCUCCAAAAUCGAAGACUCUUCCUCCGCUGCUCUUAAAAACGCCGCCGAAAAAACCAAGCAAACGGCCGCCCAGUUCCAUGAAUCCGCCGGCAAAGCCGCGAAGAACGCUUCGGAGACCGCGGAAGCGGCCAGCGAGGGCGUCGCCGGCAAUAUUUCUAACAUGGCGGCUGCGGCGAUAAGGGAGAUCCUGCGGAACCUGACCGAAAUCCUUCAGCGAGCUUGGGAGCUUGGCCAAGACGUGGGAGCGUUUGUGAGCGCGGGGGCAGCCGAGGCCGCGCGGUCUGCUGCCGCGGUUGCCCACUUGCUAGGGUUUGCAACGGCGUAUGGCACGUGUAUGUGGGUGACGUUCGCGUCAAAUCACGUGCUGGCGUCUGCACUGCCACGGCAGCAACUUGGGAUCGUGCAGAGCCGGAUUUAUCCGGUUUAUUUCCGGUUUUUGGCUGUAGCCGUUGGUGUUGCGCUCGCGGGUCAUAUUCUGAAUGGGAAGGAGAGCGUGCAGCGGUAUAAUUUGAUGGCGAUGCUGGCGCUUGUGUUGCUGAAUCUGAUCUGGCUGGAGCCUAAAGCUACCAAGGCUAUGUUUGAGAGGAUGAAGUUGGAGAAGGAAGAAGGAAGAGGGAUGGAUGUUGCUGAUGUCUCUACUGAGCCAACCAACACGCCAGUUGCUGAUGCUUUAGCCACAAGGAAGGAGGUGGCCAAGGGCCGAAUGAUUGAAUUGAGGAAGAGGCUAAAGAGUCUCAACAAAUACUCGUCCUUUCUGAAUGUGCUCACUCUAAUGGGGCUAAGCUGGCAUCUUGUCUACCUUGCUUAGAUUUUGAUGUCUUCUAAUUCUGAGUGUUGUAAAUAGUUUAUUUUUCUUCUUUUUAAGGCUUUGUUUGGGAUGACUU